ACAGAGUGUACUUUCAAUCUCAUCAUAACAAUGACAUUGACACCAUUCUUUGCCUAAAUAAUAUUUACCUGUUUUUACAUAAGUCAAUGUGUUUUUAAUUUAGAAAAAUAUAUUUUAUUCCAUGAAAACUUGGUAAUAACUUAUACAGUAUGCCACUGGAUUGCAUAAAAAGAACUAGUGGUGGAAAAGGAAACUUUGGUAAGUUCAUUGAGAGGGACCCUAAAAUAUGCGCAGCGGGUAUACCCUCACAGAAACCAAAUGAAUCUGUAGCAGAUAAUUUCAACCAGUAUCUGUUAAAGGAUGAAGUAGAUGCUCUUCUCGGUGAUGCCAUCAUUCCCCCACCGAAACCUCGCCCUCUUGCUCCGCUAAGAAAGCCUAUUCCACUAGACAGUCGCUUUGCGGGCCCUUGUAACCAAGUAGCAGAACUCAUAAAUCCUCCAUCGAAAACUAAAUACAAAACCAUUACUGAAGAUCUUAGAGAAACACAUUAUGCUUCUUAUUGGAAAAAGGGUCUCGGUCAAGUACCCGAUCCAACGCCGAUGCUUCCAACUGGCUUUGAUAGAAAGGGUACAACUUUUGGGAAAAAGUUAGUACGUGAAAUAACCUUAUAUGAUUUGGUAAUGCCCAAAAAUCCCAUAGAUCAAACACUUCCAUCGCGAGCUCCCGGUGUACAGACUUGCCGGAAUUACUGUAAACCUGCUUUCAACCCUGAUUUGACUUUUGGCGAAAGAUUGUAUGCCAACCCGUCAGGCGUUCUAAUGAAAUGUGCGCUGACUGACGAUAGAGUAAAACUCGGUACUGAUAAACGUACUAUUACUAACUUUAUUAAGACUGACGUGGAUAUGGCUUAUCAAACUACACUUGGAAAUUCAUCGGCACCGUUUAAUAAUAUAGAUUGCGUCCCAGAAGGAUUUUCUUUUGGCAUGUUAAAGCGUCCAGAAAAUCUUCCAGAAUGUCUUACCACUUUGCCAAUUGACCCACAGAAAGAUAACGUAAGAAAAUGUUUAGCUCAUUUGAACUGUUUGCGUAAAAUUAUGGCAAAAAAAUUUUUACCAACAUAUUUCAGACAAUUCUAUUUAGCACUUAAAUAUUACGAUAAAGAAAGAACAGGAUGGUUACCAAAGAACAUCAUAUACGAUUAUUGCGGUGCACAAAACAUUAGAUUUGACCCGGCAUUAAUAGAACCUUUAUUAGCAUUGUGGAAUGCAUUUGACGGAAAAAAUUGCAUAGAUUAUAAAACAUUUGUUCAAAUUUUAAAUUAUAAAGCUGUUCUGCCUAAUUUACCUAAAAUAUCAGAAUUUCCCCCAGAAUGUUUGGAUUUUCGCACAACAUAUGGUGAAAUGGUAAAACCAGGCCAGGAAAAAGAUUGCACACUAAUGGCUGGUUUACCUUCGGGUAGAUACAUCGAUUUGAAUUAUCCAAUUACACCUGAAGGAUUUUGUGGUGCUCACAGAAUUUGCCUUUGCCAGGAAUCUGAUAUAAAGUCUGCCCUAUCACCAAGCAUACUAACUCUUAUGUUCGUAAGUCACCGAGAUAUGUUCGCUAAGCGAGAACCACAUGUAGUUAAAAGAGUAUUUGAAGCUACAGGGGAAAAAAUAACAGAUGAAAGAUUUAAUGCUAUUUGGGAAGAAGCCAAGAAGUAUCACUCACAAGGAUGGGUUUGUUACGAAACGUUUCGUAAGGCAAUGGAAAAGUAUCCUGCGGAAGAUUUUGAUACAAAGAAAGAAACAAUUUAAAAUAACUUUAAGUCCCUAAAUUACUUUCAUAUUUUAAUAACUACAAUUCUUUUAAUAGAUGUACCUUGCUUUAACACGGCCGCAUAUCCUUUACCUUUAACUCAAGAUUCAGGUUAUUCUACGUUUAAAACACCUGAUUCGUCGAUGAUGCAGGGUACUAUUUAAUUUUAAUAAAAUUAUCUGUAGUGACAGAAAGUGUAGUGUAUUAUACAUCUUAAGAGUAGAGUCAUCAUUUGCUCGUACUAUUUAUUACGUUACGUAGUCAGAGCGGCAAUCUAUUGUUGGUUGUUUAUAAUUCUAUUAUAGAAUCCUAAUA